AUGUCGCAACGUCCCGAGAACGUCGGUAUCAAGGCCAUCGAGGUAUACUUCCCCAAGCGCUGCAUUUCUGAAGCGGAUCUGGAGGAGUUCGAUGGCGUGUCGAAAGGCAAGUACACGAUUGGCUUCGGCCAGCAGUACAUGGCCUUUACCGACGACCGCGAGGACAUCCAGUCGUUUGCCUUGACCGCCGUGUCGAACCUGCUCGAAAAGUACAACGUCGACCCCAAGAACAUUGGCCGCCUCGAUGUGGGCACCGAGACGAUCAUCGACAAGUCAAAGGCCGUCAAGACGGUGCUGAUGGACCUCUUUGCAUCGCACGGCAACACGGACAUUGAGGGCAUCGACUCGAAGAACGCGUGCUACGGUGGCACCGCUGCGCUCUUUAAUGCGGUCAACUGGAUCGAGUCCAGCUCGUGGGACGGCCGCGAGGCGAUUGUGUUUGCGGGCGACAUUGCGAUCUACGCCGAGGGCAGCGCGCGCCCGGUCGGCGGCGCGGGCGCGGUCGCGAUGCUGAUCGGCCCUAAUGCCCCGCUAGUCAUGGAACCCGUGCACGGAACGCACAUGAUCAACGCUUGGGACUUUUACAAGCCCGAUCUCUCGUCCGAGUACCCCCAGGUCGACGGCCCUGAGACGCUGCAGACCUACCUCGGCUCGGUGGAUGCUUCGUACGAUGCUUUCCGUGCCAAGUACAGCAAGCUCGCCAAGUCCAAGGGCCUGCCGCUGAACAAGAGCGCGACGUCGCAGGACCCGCGCGCCGACUUUAGCCUCGCGGACGUCGACUUUGUCGCACUGCACUCUCCUUACGCAAAACUCGUGCAGAAGGGCUUUGCUCGCAUGCUUUACAACGACUACCUCGCCGAUCCCACCAACGAAAAGUACGCCGAGGUGCCCGCCGAGUACAAGGACCUCGACCGCCGGUCAACCAUCACCAACAAGGACCUCGAGAAGCUCUUUACCGCGCUCGCGAAGCCCCUCGGCAACGAGAAGCUCGAGCCGGGUAUGGACACGGUGCGCCGCUGCGGUAACAUGUACACCGGCUCGCUGUACGGCGGCUUUGCCUCGCUCCUCUCGAACAAGUCGAGCGAGGAGCUGCAGGGCAAGCGCAUCCUGAUGUACUCCUUCGGCUCGGGCUGCGCCGCCUCGAUGUUUGUCAUCCGCGUCGCGGGUGCUACGGACAAGAUCCGCGCGACGCUCGACCUGACGGAGCGCCUCGCGGCCAUGCAGGUCGUGCCGUGCAACGCGUACGUCGACGCGCUCAAGACGCGCGAGGCGACGCACAACGCGGUCGCUUACGACCCGCAGGGUUCGCUCGAGGACCUCUGGAAGGGCGCCUACUACCUCGCCAAGGUCGACGACAAGUACCGCCGCUUUUACGAGCGCGUUUAG